AUGGCCUCCUCGAGCUCCUCACGGCCGUCUUGCCGUGAUUUGGACAACACAGUGCGCAUUGGAACUGGUUCAUGUCGUGGAGGAUUUGACUUUUCGCUUUUAUUUGAGGAGAUUGUCCUCGAAAUACUCCCUAUUGUUUUAAUCUUAAUUCUGAUUCCCGUGCGGAUAUGGCAACUCUCCCAGAAACGGCGCAAAGUCGUUAGCUCUUGGAUUCUUCCCGUCAAAAUGGCUGCGUGGUUCCUCUUUUUCGGGCUUCAGAUCGCCCAAACAAUCCUCUGGGCACUUCCAGCUGCCGAUCGAACGAAAGCUUCCAUUGCAACCAAUGCCGUUCUCGCCGUUGGUGCCCUGCUUCUCUGUGUACUUUCAUAUGCAGAGCACUCACGAUCUGUCCGACCUUCGUUUAUUUUAAACACCUACCUGCUCUGCAGCCUACUUUUCGACAUCGCGCGGGUCAGGACCCUUUGGCUGCGCGCCGUGGAUGGAUUCAAUGAAGUCAUUGCAGUCGUGACGACGGCCACUGCUGGUUUCUACAACCGAUCGGUGUUCUUCUGGCUCAACCCGCUGUUCAAAAAUGGCUUCCGCAAUCUGCUAUCUGUCGAUGACUUAUUUGUCUUGGAUAAGGAGCUCAGCUCUGAGAGACUCCUCGCCUUGUUCGAGGAAAGAUGGAGCAAGGUGAAAUCGAAAUCGCCCAACACGUUGCAAUUUGAAUGUUUCAAGGCUACCAAACGGCCACUGCUUGCGGCAAUUCCCGCCAGAGCCUGUGUUGUAGCGUUUAACUUCUGUCAACCACUACUCCUGACUCGAUCGCUCUCAUUUUUCAGUUCGCCGGUCAACAGCACCACCAACAAUGUUGGCUAUGGUCUUGUUGGAGCUUAUGCACUUGUCUACAUUGGUUUGGCGGUCGCAAUGGGCCAGUAUCAGCACAUGACGUACCGUGGUAUCACGAUGGCGCGCGGGAUCCUUGUCACCAUGCUUUAUAAGAAAGCUAGCUCUCUGAACCUGAACGAUACCGACCCAGCCAACUCGCUGACUCUUAUGAGUGCUGAUGUGGAAAGAAUUACCCAAGGCUGGCAAACUAUGCACGAAAUUUGGGCCAACUCUGCCGAAAUCGCAUUGGCGAUCUAUUUGUUGGAGCGACAGCUGGGGAUUUCCUGUGUUGUUCCUGUCUGCGUUGCGAUCGUCGCUUUGGUUGGUUCACUGAUUGGAAUGUCUUUCGUGGUGACCAGACAGGCCGAAUGGCUCAAGGCCAUCGAGAAGCGUAUCUCAUCUACUUCCGGCAUGCUGGGUGCGAUCAAAGGAGUCAAGAUGCUUGGCCUACAGAACUCAUUCAUGAGUUUUGUCCAUGGACUGAGAAUUGAUGAGCUCAAUAUUUCGAAGAAGUUUCGAACCCUUUUAGUCUGGAAUAUGGCCUUCGCAUGGUUAACCCGUAUCUUCGCCCCGAUCUUCACCUUUGGCGUGUUUGCGGGCAUAUCCGACUCUGCCUUGACUGUUUCCAAGGUGUAUACCUCGCUCUCGCUAUUUUCUCUCCUUUCGGAUCCCCUAUUGACGCUGGUCAUGGCACUGAUGUCGUUCUUUGGGUCGGUCGGGUCAUUCGCCCGUAUCCAAGAAUUUCUGGACAAGGAAGAUCAUUCCGAUCUACGACGUAACGUCCCUCAAAUUCCCUCACUUGAAGAUCUCGGCGAAGCCAAGCUUCUGUCCAAAUCUGGUGAUCUCGACAUGACUUCCAGCAACUCUGCAUCCGUGGAGUCUUUCAAGAAAGCCCCUAUUUCGUCCCCUUCGACCAAUGCCGCUGUAAUCCAAAAUGGAACUUUCUCCUGGGACACUGAGAAAGAGCCUAUCCUGAAAGAUAUCAGUCUGACCAUUCCCCGCGGCAGCUUCACCAUGCUUAUUGGACCUUCCGGCUGCGGCAAAUCUACCUUGCUCAAAGCUCUUCUAGGAGAAAUUCCCUGCGCCGAUGGCAAGGUUGAGCUGACUUCUGGGAGUGUGGCAUUCUGCGAUCAAACCCCAUGGCACAUGAAUGGUACUAUCAAAGACAGCAUUGUGGCCAUGUCGGACUUCGAUCCCAAGUGGUAUUCCUCGGUCAUCCAGGCAUGUGCCCUUGAGGAAGACCUUGGACAGUUCCCCCGUGGUGACAGCAGUGUUAUUGGAAGCAAAGGCAUCGCUCUCAGCGGUGGUCAAAGCCAACGGAUUGCUCUCGCGCGUGCCCUGUAUGCGCGCCGGAAGAUCAUCAUCCUGGACGAUGCUCUCAGCGGGCUUGACGCCACCACCGAGAACCACAUCUUUCACAGCCUGUUUGGAAGUCUCGGCCUCCUCCGAGAGAUUGGUACUUCUAUCAUUGUCGCAUCCUCAUCGGUCAAACGUCUCCCCUUCACCGACCACAUCGUUGUGCUAGACAAGACUGGUCGCAUCUCCGAACAGGGCAGCUUCAGCGCAUUGAAUAAGACUGGUGGAUACGUGUCCAGCUUUGGUCUCGGCGCCCCUGAUUGGGACUACAAGCCGAAGCGAUUCUCUGAGUCUCCUAGCUAUACCACGAUCGAUUCGGUCGAGAAGGAGAAGGAGGCCGUAGUGGAUGAGCCUGAGAAGCGUGACCCUGGUGGUGAUUUCUCCAUCUACUCUUACUAUAUCAACGCCAUUGGAUGGCUUCCCGCUCUGGUUUUCAUUAUCGCAAUGGCUGGAUUCGUCUUCUGCAUUUCCUUUCCCUCAAUUUGGUUGGAAUGGUGGGCAGAGUACGAUACUGCCCAUCCCAAGCAGCGUCUCGGUUACUACCUCGGUAUCUACGUGAUGCUGGGCUGCAUCGCCAUGCUCGCCCUCAUUGUAGGAUGUUGGCAAAUGAUCAUCACGAUGGUCCCAAAGUCUGGUGAGAAUUUCCACCGUAGCCUGCUGAGUACCGUCCUCAGCGCCCCCAUGCUGUUUUUCUCAACGACGGACAGCGGUGCGAUUCUGAACCGGUUCAGUCAAGAUCUCCAGCUUAUCGACAUGGAGCUUCCUAUUGCCGCCAUCAACACUGUCGCUACAGCCUUCCUCUGUCUCGCUCAAAUGGCGCUUAUCGGAGUGGGCUCUACAUAUGCGGCGAUCUCGUUCCCGCUCGUGCUUGGAAUCUUGUUCCUCAUUCAGAAGAUGUACUUGCGCACUUCACGACAGCUUCGUUUCCUCGAUCUUGAGGCCAAGGCACCUCUCUAUUCCCACUUCACAGAUUGUCUCCAAGGCCUCGUGACCCUGCGUGCCUUUGGAUGGCAGCACGGUAUGGAGCGCAAGAAUAUCGCGCUGCUUGAUCACUCCCAGCGACCAUUCUAUUUCAUGUUCGCAAUCCAGCGCUGGUUGACUCUUUCUUUGGAUUUCGUCGUCGCCGGCAUUGCCAUUUUGCUCAUUGUUCUAGUGGUCAUACUUCGUGGAACAAGUCUUGGAGCUGGCUCGGUUGGCGUCGCGCUUCUUAAUGUGAUUCAAUUCAGCCAGAGCAUCAAGCUUCUGGUGACUUUCUGGACCAACUUAGAAACCCACAUCGGCUCAAUUCUGCGUGUCAAGGAAUUCACGCAAAAUGUGCAAUCCGAGGAUCAACCUGGCGAAGAUGGCGAUAUUCCGCCCAAUUGGCCGUCGAAUGGUGCAGUUUCCUUCCAUUCAGUCUCCGCGGCAUACCGACCCUCCGAGCCGGUUCUCAAUGAUGUCUCUCUAUCCGUCAAGGCCGGAGAGAAGGUGGGCAUUUGCGGACGCACGGGAAGGAAAUCCGCCAGCGGCAAAACUUCCAUGAUCAUGAGUCUCUUCCGCAUGAUCGAGCUGACUAGCGGUAUCAUCACCGUGGAUGGCGUUGAUAUCACCGGUCUUCCUCGGCGCGAAAUUCGCGCACGCAUCAAUGGCGUCUCCCAAGACUCUCUCCUGUUCAAGGGCAGUGUCCGUCUCAAUGCCGACCCAACCGGGUCCCACACCGACCAAGACAUCCUCAAUGCCCUCAAGAGUGUGCAGCUCCUCCCUGCAAUCCAAGAAAAGGGGUCUCUUGACACAGACAUUGACGAGAUCCACUUGUCGCACGGCCAAAAGCAACUCUUCUGUCUUGCUCGCGCUAUCCUUCGCCCUGGCAAUAUUCUCAUCCUCGACGAGGCAACCAGCAACAUCGACACGAAAACAGAUGAAAUCAUGCAGCGCGUCAUUCGCGAGAAAUUCUGCAACCACACGAUUAUUGCGGUCGCCCACAAGCUGGACACCAUUCUCGACUUUGACCGCAUUGUGGUGCUGGACGCCGGCCAGGUCGUCGAGACCGGUGAGCCGUACGCGUUGCUUACAGAGCCCAAAUCGCAUUUCAGUCAAUUAUAUGCGAGUGCGAUGGCGUCAGAAGACUCUGACCAGUGA